AUGGUACUCCUCACUGCUUCGACAAUCUCAGCAGCAAUAUCAGGAAUCGUUAUCUGUCUCUUCACAUUCCUCCUCUUCCUCUCUGGUUACGUGCUCCAACAGAAGACAGUGAGGUCGUUACAGGAAGCACUAGCGGCGCCAUUGGAAGUCAGAGUGAGGAUAGCACCGACCUUAUCAGCUCAACUUCAAAACAUCGAUGGUGGUGUGGUGGACGUAACCACAGACGACAAUGAUACCUCCAACCAGAACUUCAACAACUUUGAACGGCCUGGAAACUCCAUACAGGUAGUUCUAGGCGAGACGACCCUUGUCGGAGGCGACCAAGCAGAACCGUCACCGCAAGAACUAUGGCACACCUAUGUUGACAGCAACGUUGAAGGAUCUGCCUCCCAAGCAGAGCCCGCCAAAGCAACUCAACGCCCUCCUACGAUAGACGCACUCGACGGCCGCUACGCCUACGUCUUUACAUUACCCAACCCAGCAGACCUCUGCUCCGCCAUCCUCUUUACAAGCUGGAGCCGACAAACAUCACACAUCCCACAAUCACAACUCAGCAUCGUCUUCCUCUACCCAUCAGACUGGGAGACAACAUCCAAUCCAAUAUACACUGACGCACUCCGUCUCCUUCUCCAAUCAGAGCACAAGUACUCCGUCCUCCUCCAUCCCGUCCCAAUCUCAAAGGUCUGGACAGGGAUCGACGUCGAGUCUCAACUCCUCUCCGAACUCGCACGCAACCCAUGGCCCUACGAUCGAGUCAUGUAUCUGCGCAGUCCAGGCAUGCUACUCGAUACGACACGACUUGACAACGUCUUGAUCUCUUCGUACGCGGACCCAUCACAGGUAAAGAGCUCUUGGACGAAACUACGCCCACCAGCCCGCCGUGGUCUCGCAGCCUCUUCACAUCCCGACAUCCUGCUUUUCGCUCAAGGCAGAGGUCUCAUGACACCCAUAGGUGAUCUUCAGAGAACUCUAACAGGUCAAGCGAAGACACGCAUCGAACGUAACCAAGCAGGCGAAAUCAUAGAUGCAGGUCAAGCGAAAGAGGCUGCAUACAUAUUAUUCGACGGUAAAGAAUUAACGCAAAGAAAGAAGGAAGAAAUCACUGAACCUUCCAUCUUCGAGCGCUUCGAGCGAGAACGGCAGACUGUAUGUUCUGGUACGAAUCUGCUGGCAUCAUGA